UGUGUGUGUGUGUGCCAUUAAUAUUAGCUGUGUAGAUAAUUAUGUAUCAGGCUGAACGGUUGUUUUUUGUGUUUGAGGUGUUUGUUUCCGCCGGAAGUAGUACGUCACGGAGGUGAUGUACUUCCUGGUUUAUGUUUGUGUCAGACUGCCUGACGGUUUUGUGUCUGAGCUCCACGGAAGACAGGCGUCGUGUUUGUGCUGAAACUCUGAUGAUGGUUGGGUUUUUAAUGUGGGUGUGAGUGCAGUCUACAGCUCGUGUGAUAAUGGAGUCUCCUCAGGCGGAUGAUGAUAUCUGCAUCCUGAAGCACGAGACGGCGUACGCGGCCGAGAGCCCGGUGGCCGUGUGCUCAGGGGACGAGUCGGUCGCGUCUCAUUUCGCUCUCGUCACCGCCUACGAAGACAUCAAGAAGCGCCUGAGGGACACGGAGAAAGAGAACACGCUGCUGCGCAAACGAGUUAAACAGCUGGAGGACAAGGUGUUCAGACCUGAAGCUCCUCCCUCUGAAGGGCCGCAGUACAUGAAUAAAGCAUUCAGUGCGUAUCGGGGAAUCUACAUGGAGAAGAAAGACCUCCAGGCCGAGCUCAACAAACUGAAGAAGGAGCGAGCCGAGUCGGAGAAGAUUUUAACUGAGCAGCUGCAGGCGAAGGAGCUGGAACUGCUGCAGCUCAGAUCAGAGAUGGAGACCAGCCAGGUGAUGAAGAGUCUGAGUGAGACGCAGGAUUACUGGCACGUGAAUCGAGAGAGCAGUGACGUGCAGAUACACACUCUACAGGAGGAAGUGCAGAGACUCCGACUGGAAAACAGCCACUUACACACACUCUGCACCCUCCGACAGGACGUGUCUGAGAGCUCGGUGAAGAACGAUGAGAUCCAGCAGGGGGCGCCACCGUACUGCAGCAGGCCUGCAGUAAUGAGUGUGUAUGAGGACGUGCGCAGUGAAGUGUCCCGUCUAUACACACUGGUGAGAAAUCAGAGUGAACUGAUGAAGAAACUCAGAGACAGACCUGCACUGAAGAGAGCCGCUUCAGCUCUUCCUGUUCAGUGUUUGGAUGAUGUGGAGAAAAACCAUUCACCGGUCCGAGCUCCAGUUCCCCGCCCCCCCAGCGCCCCGCCAUUCCACGUUGCCCCACCCCCCGGAACCUCAUACGCAGAGAACUGGAAGGAGGCGUGGCCUCUAAACCGCCCCUCCCCUUUAGGAAGCCCUGCUGGCCCGCCCAUUCCACUUCAGCACGCUGCUUCUUCAUUGGACGAUGGCUCCUGGUCUAUCCCCGCCCACCCUAUGCCUGACAACCCCCUGUUCUGGGAGGGGCCAAAGACCAGCAGCGCCGAAUGGUCCAAGCCGUACUGACGGACAGGCGACUCGUCCAAUCACAUCCUGCCUUAAGACCGCCGCCCAGACUGAGAUACCUCACACUGCUCUCACCCGGGCCUGUACAUACACUUCCAGUGUGUGUGUGUGUGUGUGUGUGUGUGUGUGUGUGUGUGUGUGUGUGUGUGUGUGUGUGUGUGUGUGUGUGUGUGUGUGUGUGUGUGUGUGUGUGUGUGUGUGUGUGUGUGUAUGAGAGAAUCCUAUAAUUGUGAUUUAGCUGUGUUAAAGUCUAAAUUCUCUUUCCUGUGUUGUUGUUUUGAUUCUCAUGACCGUGAACGAAGGCUUCGGUUCUCUCGGCUCUGUUCCAAUCCUGUGUUUAAUGUGCCCUAGUCGACUUCCCCUUGGCCACUUUAGGGGCUGUUCCGCGUUUAUUAUGUUCGUUAGAUGAGGACUAAGUGAACAUCAGUGUAGGCUUCAGGAUUAAAUUUACCCAGAAGGCACUGGAAAUUAAUUUGUGAGUUUCUAAAAAUAAUUACUAUAAAAAACUGUUUUGUUUCUAUUCAAUCCGUUUCUAUUGAAUUAUUAUUUUAAAAAUGGAAAGUUAAAGCUAGUUAGUUAGUUAACCUCAGACCUAAAGGGUGCACUGGUGUGUUAGCUAAACAUAAUUAGCUAGCUAGCAAGCUAAUAGCUCUUUUAUAAAUGAGGGAUAAAAACUAGGGUAGCUUUGUAGCUUCUGUAACGUACAGAAGGGAAGAGCUUUAAGUGAGUCGGGGGGGGGGGGGGGGGGGGGCACUUACUUUUGAACUCCAUGUGCAAAUUACAUCUCUAAUAUACUUGUGUGUGUGAGAGAGAGAGAUAGAUUUAUGUGAUAUUGUGAGUUGAUCAGGGUGUGUAAACAGGAAUCGGAGCACAGGGUGCGUGUGUGUGUGUGUGUGUGUGUGUGUGUGUGUGUGUGUGUGUUGUUGUAAAUGCAGAAUGUUCUGGAACAUCUGUGUGUAAAAGUUGUGUUCACACUGACACACUCCUAGUGCUGUACGGAAGCGUGUUAAUGUGCUAAAUGAAGGAUCCGUGCGUGUGUGUGUGCGUGCGUGUGUGUGCGUGUGUGUGUGCGUGUGUGUGCGUGUGUGUGUGCAUGUGUCUCACACUCCGUAUCGUAUUAUUUUAUUCGAUGUGUGUGUUUGGUUGUCGGCGUCGGCGUCGUGCCGAAAUGCAAUGUACAGCUGAUGUGGAGUGUUUUCUAGCUCGGCUCUCUUUGUAAAUAUUAAAGUCAGAUGAACGUCA